CUGCUUUUACUGCAGCGUCUAGCAGUUUGAAACAGUGCUUUUAAACAGUAGAGUGGGUACUUACAGAUUGAAGGAUUACGUUGCGUUACAGAGGAACAAAUACCUUUAAAACACUCACUGAGAAGAUGUCAUCCGAUGAAGGGGAGCACAAUAGUCCAGUUUUACCAAGAGAUUCAGACCGAGGCAGCUCCGUUUCCUCUGUGCUUCAGGACGAGUAUGAAGAACUUCUUCGAUAUGCUGUCGUGACUCCUAAAUAUGAACCGAGUUUCCCAUCACAGCCGUUGAGCUCAACUCAACUCUCCAAGAGUUUACAGCAUACGACUAAAAGAGAAACACCUGCUCAACACACUGCAGAUAAUGAAGUGCACUCAAACAACGGGGCUAUGCCAACUCCGUCAUUAGAAGAAUCCAGACCACAAAGUCGAACAUCCGAGGCUGAGAGCAUGGCAGACAGGCCUGUGUCAUCUGAGGAAAGAUCAGCGAGGUCGCAGACUGGAUCAGACAGAUCAGGACAAAGCAGCCCUGAUGCUCUGACCACCGUCAUGACUGAGAUGUUCAUCUCAGAGGAGAACCUGAACAAGAUGGAGAACAUUUUGGACACCUGGACCACAAACCUUAAGAGUAAUGUGAUGAUGGAGCUGAGGAAGUGGAAACUGGCCUUUGUGGAGCAGCACAGACUGCAGCUUAAGAAGGAGAGGGAGAAACAUGCAGCCCAUAUGGCUGCUGUAAAUGCUGAGAUGGAUGGUCUGAAAGACCUGCUCAACACCUACAAGAUCUCUAACCAGAGAAAAGAUGAGGUGAUCGUGAAUCUGAGCAGGGCGGUUGACAGGCAGAGGGAGAAGCUGGAGCUGAUGAGGAGUUUCACCCAGUGGAGACUACAGCAGUGUGCAGCCAGAGAGGAGGCUCAGGGGGGCAGACUGGCGGAGCAGCACUAUCAUUUGCAGCUCAAGAGGAAGGUGUGGGCAGGCUGGCACUCACUCAUCCAGAACAGGUGGCGGGAGCGUGUGGAGAGAGCAUGUUGUGCCAGAGCAGAGGACGUCUGCAUGCAGCUCUCUACAGACUACGAGACCAAGAUGGCACAGUAUGUAGAGGAGCUCCAGAAAGCUCAAGCUGAAAUCCACAGGCUGCACACGGAGCGAGAGCGCUAUGAGGACUCUAUGAAGAAAGCUUUCAUGCGUGGGGUCUGUGCUCUCAACAUCGAGGCCCUUAGCAUGUUCAACACUGGAGAAGCGGGUAGACUGGACCAUGUCUUCCUGCAAUGUGCCAUGCGCUGCAGACAGGAUGAGGAGAAGAGUUGUUGA